AAUCGGAGCUCCCGGCCAACAAGAUAACUAGAUUCGAGUUUCUGCCAUCCGCUCCUAUGGCGUGCGCUUCUCUUUCUCUCUAUCCUUCCCUUAUCUGCUCCUGUUCCUUUGCUACAGACACGCUCGCUGCCGCCUCCUUCUAUUCCUCCUACUCGCCUUGUGCACCAUCCGUACAUUUCUUCUGCAGGAAAACGAGACGGAGCAAUCGCCGCCGUUUCAUCCGAUCCAUGGCGCCUGAUCUUCUCGGCGACUUCGGCGCCAGAGAUCCCUUUCCGGCCGAACUCGAGAGCAAUUUCUGCGAGAAGGUGGCGGGGAACGAGAACACCGAGCAUCGGAUCCUUAUCCCCAAUCUCUCCGUUUUAUCCCUAGCUCAGCGGAGUUGCGAGCCGGUUCAGUCCUCUCAACUCCCAUUGUAUAAGGAGGAUGCGAAGAAGCUUUUGAAGAAGGUUGUAGGUUGGAGACUGGUGGAGUCUGACAAAGGGAUGAAGAUUCAGUGCACAUGGCGUGUAAGGGAUUAUGGAUGUGGUAUUGAGCUGAUAAAUAGAAUAUAUGGAGCUUUGGAAGGUUCUGGACACUUCCCGGAUCUUCACUUGGAGAAACCUAAUCAGAUUAGGGUAGAGCUCUGGACCCCUAUAAUAGGUGGUCUGAGCUUGAAUGAUUUCAUUGUGGCUGCUAAGAUAGAUAUUGUCAAAACUAUAGAUCUCAUCCCGAAGAAGAGAGUAUGGGCCUGAUUUGUGUUUCCGAUUCAGAGUGUGGAACCAACCGUAGAAAGCCAUUUGUUUGGCCUUAAUUCUUUCUGGGGUUAUAUCUAUAAAAAUUUGAUGUAGAAAAUGUAAUAUAGACUUCCAGAUUUUUUGAUAUUAAAAAGUUGUCUAGUGCCAGUAGAGCACUGCGUGUUGAUUGCUACUAGAUAUUUGUAAGUUGCAACGUCUCAACUUGUUUGCUUUGAACUCCUAAUGAAUAAAAACAAAGAACAUUAACAUACAUACCACACAAUUCUUAUGCAUUUACAUAUCUGUCACCUAAACUUUAAUUUUUAC